AUGGGGCUGUUGUCUACAAAAGCUACGUGCAACUCCCAUGGUCAAGAUUCCUCCUACUUCUUAGGCUGGGAAGAAUACGAGAAGAAUCCUUACCACGAGAUUCGAAACCCUAACGGGAUUAUCCAAAUGGGUCUCGCAGAAAAUCAGUUAUGCUUCGACCUCGUGGAGAGGUGGCUCGAGGAGAACCCAGAUGCAGCGGGUUUUAAAAGAGAUGGCAAAUCCAUUUUUAAAGAACUUGCUCUAUUUCAAGACUACAAUGGCUUGCCAGCAUUCAAAAAGGCAUUGGCUGAGUUCAUGUCGGAAAUUAGAGACAACAAAGUAACGUUCGAUCCUGACCACAUAGUCCUCACGGCUGGUGCCACCUCGGCUAACGAGACUCUUAUGUUCUGCUUGGCUGAACCGGGCGACGCCUUCCUUCUACCUACCCCAUACUAUCCCGGAUUUGAUAGAGAUUUGAAAUGGAGAACGGGGAUAGAGAUCGUGCCCAUCCAAUGCUCGAGCUCGAAUGGCUUCAAAAUCACAAAGCCAGCAUUGUUAGAAGCCUACCAAAGCGCCCAAAAUCGCAACCUCAAGGUUAAAGGAGUGCUGGUCACGAACCCAUCAAACCCAUUAGGAACCACAAUCAGCACUCAAGAACUCAACCUUCUACUCCAAUUCAUUGCAUCAAAAAACCUUCACUUAAUCAGCGACGAGAUUUAUUCAGGCACUGUUUUUCAAACCCCAGCCUUUGUAAGUGUCAUGGAAAUCCUCAACCAAAGCUACAAACACAAUGACCAAAUCCGAAAACAAGUUCAUAUCGUUUAUAGCCUUUCGAAAGAUCUCGGCUUGCCGGGGUUUCGAGUUGGAGCGGUGUAUUCAAAUGACGAGGUAGUAGUAGCUGCUGCAACGAAAAUGUCGAGCUUUGGGUUGGUUUCGUCGCAAACGCAGUAUCUUUUAUCGGUGAUGUUGUCCGACGAGACGUUUAGGAGGAAGUACAUAAGGGAGAAUCAAAUGAGGCUGAAGAAAAGACAGAGAAUGCUGGUGGAUGGGCUGGAAAAGGCUGGAAUUAAGUGCCAUAAAGGGAAUGCAGGACUAUUUUCUUGGGUAGAUAUGAGGCAUUUGUUGGGAGCUAAUACGUUUGAGGCAGAAAUGGAGCUUUGGAGGAAGAUUGUGUUCGAGGUGCGCUUAAACGUGUCGCCCAGUCAAUCGUGCCAUUGCUCCGAACCCGGUUGGUUUCGUGUUUGUUUUGCCAACAUGUCUGAGGCUACUUUGGAUCUCGCAAUGAAGAGAUUCAAGGCUUUCGUGGUUGACUCCACCACUACUAAGCUAAAUUCUACUUGGAUUCGAUCUCGGAAUGUUAAUUCUACUUCAAACAACCUCGACACGAAGAGGAAGUCAGUGGCUAAAUGGGUUUUUCGGUUAUCGAUUCAUGAUCGCAGUAGCGAAUCACGUGAUCGAUAG